UCUGCAGUUGCCAAGUUGAGGUUACGGAGCACGUCGGCAACGUGCGUGCAGCAAGAUUGUGUUUACGAAGCUUCAUUAUCGAAAGAUUUUUCUAAGAUGGGACGUUCUAAAAAAGGCCGCUGCGUGAAGCGGAACAAACAAGUAAACACCGAAGAGCCUGUGGAUUUGGUGCGUGCUCCUCAUUCUUUUGUUAUACAACGUGGACUUCCAGGAGGACAUAUUUUAGAGUUAACUAAGGAUUUUCGAAGAGUUAUGGAACCUUACACAGCAUCAUCAUUGAAAGCUCGGAAACGAAACACGAUUAAAGAUUUCGUUUCGGUUUCUGGUGCUCUCCAUGUUUCUCAUAUGUGCAUUUUUACAAGGACAGAACUUGGAAUGUACCUGAAACUUUGCAGAAUACCAAGGGGGCCAACGUUGUCUUUUAAGAUUACCAGUUUCUCACUUGCGAGAGAUGUAGUUUCAACGAUAAAGAAGCAAAUGGUAUUUGAAGAGGCUUUCAAACACUCUCCACUGAUUGUAUUGAAUAAUUUCAGUGGAGAAGGCAUGCAAAUGAAACUUAUGACAUCGAUGUUUCAAAACAUGUUUCCGACAAUUAAUCUUACUACUGUAAACCUCAGCACAAUUCGUCGUUGUGUUUGUCUCAACUACAACAGUGUGACAAAGCUAAUAGACUUUAGGCAUUACGCUAUAAAAAUGGUACCAGUUGGAUUGUCAAAAGGAGUUAAGAAAAUAGUACAGGCUAAAGUACCCAAUCUCUCUAAAUGUCAGGACUUUUCAGAAUUUCUUACAAAACCCACUUUCUCUGAAAGCGAAGCAGAAGAAGAUCCCAGUAGUCAUGUCACUCUGCCGCAAAAAUUAUCAUCCAGAGGUAAUCACAAAAGUGGUACGAGUGCAAUUAGACUCGUCGAACUAGGGCCUCGCAUUACAAUGCAGCUGAUAAAAGUUGAAGAUGGAUUACUGGAUGGAAAAGUUAUGUAUCAUGAAUUUGUGCAUAAAACUGAGGAAGAAAAACUCAAAAUAGAAAAGAGUCGUGAGGUAAAGAAAAAGCUUAAAGAAAAUCGGAAAAAGGUACAGGAAGAGAACAAAAAGAAAAAGGAAGCAAUGAAGGAAGAAGAGAAACAAAAAAGUCUUAAGGGUAUGAAAAAACAGCGAUCAGAAAGUGAUGUGCUGAUGCACAAAGCUGCAAAAGAGUCUUACGAAGACAAUCAGGUUGAGGAAGACGAUGAUGCACAGUAUUAUAGAGAGGAAGUUGGCCAAGAACCCGAUAAAGAUUUGUUUGAGGGGCGACCAAAAACUGGUGAGAAGCGACCAAAUUCAUAUCCAGUUAGAUACAAGACAAAGAAAUUGAGGCUUGACAGGAACGUUAAAAACGGUGACAAAAAGAAUAACAAGUUUGGUAAUAAAAACAGAUAUGAUGAUGAAAAGUCUAGUUACAGACAAAAAAAGAAGUUUGGUGUUAAAGACGGUGGUGCAAGAUCACAGCGAAAUAAAAAGUUUUUAAAAGGGAAAGGAUCUGCUCAUGGCAGUAAAAUUAAGAGGAGACGGAACUAAAGAAAUACCGAGGUAAUGAAAAUUGUAAUGAAAGCAAAAUGAAUUUAUUUCAUCAUUAUAAUUUACAAUAAUAUAA